GGCUGCGGCGCCUGUGUGUCCGACAGAGCCGGAGUUGGACUGGAAGACGCUGCGCCGAACAGGUUUUGGAGAAUAUCCUGUCUCCUGAGCUGCAGACACYUUUUCAUCUAGGCAGGUUCAACUGGGACUAUUUUCUGUUGGUUUUUAAAAAAUUGACCCGAGACCCAACUACAACCUUGUGAUUUGUGUGGAGAGUUCAGAUUCUUUUGGAUCCGGACUGACAGCUCAUAUAAAGUCCCAGACCACUUACGAGAAGUCAAGACCCCAUCUCUUUCGCCCAAUCUUGCCGGCUGCUAGCUAGCACCAGCAUGGCAGACAGUCGACAGCCAGAGGACGACGCCCCCCAAUGGGACCCAUCAGGAGGACAGGAGCCGGGUGGCACCCGUGGAGCUAAUGGCUACUCCUCCUCAGCUUACAGGACCUGUCAGCCCAGCGGAGCCCACAUGGCCACGGCUCCUUACACAGCAAGGGAGAACGGAUUUAACGGGGAACUAACUGGAGCUCAUGCUAUAACUGCAGAACAAGUGUCGGCAAGGAUUGUGCAGGAAGUGACCGCAGAGGCAGUGGCAGUGCUGAAAGGGGAACAGGAGACUCAGCGGCUGCCGUCAGUUGAAGAUACCACCAAUUUGCCUCCUUCCCCUCCCCCCUCACCUGCAGCUGAGCACUUUGGUCCUUUGGAACAAGAUGUAGGGGAUGAGGAGGAGGCGGGCCCUCUCCGCCGCUUCCAAAAUUCUCGGGAGAGGUGCAAGUUCCUCGCCCCCUCCAUCUCAGUUUCCGUGCCCGAGGAUGACCCCUACCACUCCGACGAGGAGUACUAUGAGCACCCAUUGUUCAGCCCAGAGUGGACGCACUCGGGCGCUCGCCCCACAGGGCACGCCGUGGCCUUUAGACAGAUUGAAGCUUCGAAGAUGGACUCAGACAAGAUUGAAAGUGAGUCCAUGAGCCCCGACAGCAUUGGAUCUGAGAAACGACCAGAGGAGUUUUUUGAGCCUCAAGUUCAAAGCUUCUUCGCCGGUGAACGAGUUGUACCAGAAAGCCCGACCAUGGAUAUGCCGUCCUUCGUACCUCCAGAUAUUCAAAGUCAAGCCAAAGAAUCACCAAAAUCUCUUACACUCCAGCCCACUUAUGGAGAGCCAAUCACAGUCUCAGAAAAACAGCCAUCKGUGGAGGUGGUGGAGUUCAGCAGCAUUGGUGCUUCUUCUGAUUUCUCUUCAGUGGGAGUCAACGUUCAUGAAGGAGACACAACAAAAGAUGCAGGAGACAAAUCUGGCAUGUCAGCAUACUUUGAAACAUCAGCUAUGGAUGUUGAUGAAGGUCCCCAUAAGGGUGAGGGUUAUUACGAACUGAGUCGUGCCGGUGAAAACAAAACUGUAGAUGAUUCCAAGUCUCAGGAGAUCAGUUACAGCACACUGGCUGAAGCWAAAGAUAAUCCUGAAACAAAUAAACAUACAGUAAAAGACAUUCCCUCGUUUCCAGUCCCUGACAGGAUUAAUGAAUGCAGGCUUUCCCCAGGUAAGCUGGCUUUAGACCAGAGGAGUUACUCGCUCAACAUCACCAUUGGAUCGACAGAUCAAAGUGGGCAAGGCAGACCAAGAAACUUCUCCCCACUGGCCACGGACAUCAUGUCAUAUACAAGUGGUAGUCUAGAUGAGUCAGCUGACUACCUUCCAGUAUCUACACCUGCUGUAGAGAAGCCAACACCAUUCCCUCCUCUUAUCCUGGAAACUGCCGCUUCUGUCACUUCAGAUUCUUCGUCUCCUCCAAGAACUGCUGAACCACCUCCAAAAUCCAGCCCUGAACCUGAUUCUCCAGAAUCUCCUCAGCCACUUCAGAGCUCAGAYAUGAUACAAGACUUGCCAGAGUUGCUGGACAUUGCUGCUCCUCGCUCCAGACUAACUUCAGAUGACACAGAACCUGAAAUCACACGGAGAAAGUCAAUCCAAAUUGAUGCUCCUGCCUUCAUGGAUGACUCUCUGUCAGGUCUAACUUCAGGAGAACUGAGUCCUAUGAUGAGAAAAAAUGAGAGCCAGUCAGAAGAAAUGGGCUACUGUGUGUUCAGUGAGUAUUCAGGGCCGAUGCCAUCCCCUGCAGAUGUACUCAGCCCUACAAACAUAUCUACUCAAGCUUUCACCCCAUCUGUCUUGGAAGAGAAAGUUGCUGCGCAGGCAAGGAAAUUAGCGGUGAGAGACACAUCCAUGGAAGACAAAAGCCAGUCAUCAGAAGUUGCUGAUGUUGACCAGCGGCAAGGAGGAAGACAAGAUUCUGUUGAGCAAAAAACCGUACCUGAUGUAAAUGAUCAACCAACAAAAUCUGAAAAGGAGACACUUCCUGCUUAUCCAAGUGAGCCCUUCGUGACACCAACUGUCACCGUGACACUAGAAGAAGGCGAGAGGCCAGUGAGUGAGAUUGAACGCCAAGCCAGUGGUGAAGUUUCAGCAUCUGAAACCGAAAUCGCUGACUAUGAAAGGCAGAUCCGUAAACUCGAGAUGGAAGACAGGCCUCUGAGUUUGGAGGAGGAAAGAGAACUACAGGAGCUUAGAGAAAAGGUGAAGCUGGUGCACCAGGAAGCCUAUGAGGAGGUGGAUGCAGAGGAUGUUUACCAGCUUACUGGCAUGGCCAAGGACAGAAUUGCCAGGCCAGUUAAAACUUCACCAACUUCAUCCGUAGAUAGCAACAUUGACGAUGACAAGUUGCUCUCCCCAGUACUCUCACCUUCCAAACUCAAACAAAGAGAAAUGUAUGGUUCCCCCAAAAGGGUUGUUUCACCUGUGUUAGGGAAAAACAAAGAAGAGAAGGACGAUCAGGAACGAAAGCUGAAGGAAGAGCAAGAAAGAGAGGCAGCCGAGAAUAUGAAAAAGGAAGAAGAGGAAAGGAAAACCAGAGAGGAGGCAGAAAUAAAAGAAAAACAAGAGGAAGAAAGAAAAAAGAAAGAAGAUGAAGAGAUAGAAAGGCAAAAAAGAGAAGAGAGGGAGUUGAAAGAGAAAGAAAAAAGGGCGCUGAAAGAGAAAGAAGAGAAGGAGUUGAAAGAGAAAGAAGAGAGGGAGAAGAAAGAGAAAGAAGAGAGGGAGCUGAAAGAGAAAGAAGAGAGAGAGUUAAAGGAAAAAGAAGAGAGGGAGAAGAAAGAGAGAGAAGAGAGACAAAAGAUGGAGCAGGAAGAGAGAGAAUUACAUGAAAAAAUGGAAAAGGAAAGAAUAGUGCAAGAGUUGGCAGAGAAGAUGGAAAAAGAAAAGAAAGAGAGGGAAGCGCAAGAAAAAGAAGAGGAGGAAAAAACAAAAAUGGAACUCAAAGAUAAGAAAGAGCAAGAAAAAAUGACUGAGGUGGACYAAAAGCUCCCAAAUCAGUCUGUAGACCACGAAACAAAGCAUGAAAAAGAAAAAGCCAUCAUAAACUCAGCUGAAGAAGUUGCUGAAAACACAAAGGAGAAGGAAGGUGAAGGCGCAGAGAUGUCAAAGGAAAUCCCAGAGACCCAUGCUGCAAUCGAAUCUGUGGUCAUGGUUGAAGAUGAUUUCAUCACUGUGGUCCAGACAAUCGACGAAGCUGAAGAACCAGGAUUCAGCGUUCGUUUCUCUGCAAUACCUGGAUCUGAAGCUCUUGGUGUGUCUGCAAGGAAAGAACAAGAGCCAGAAGAAGAAGAAGARGACGAUGAAGAAGAAGACGAAGAAGAAGAGUCUGUGGAGUUUGCCCAAGAAGCAGAUAUGGAGGRGGCCAGUCUAGAAGAGGUGGGUGACGUUCCUGAAACUCCUGCUUCUCCAAGAAGGGGGACCCAGACGGUAGACACAGAAGGACCAACAGAGAGCUAUGACAGAGAUGAAACCACAGUAGAUGACUCCAUUCUGGACAGCUCCUGGGUAGACACACAAGAUGACGACAAAAGUAUGGCAACAGAGCAUAUUGAGCCUUUGCCAAAGGUGCCCAGCCCAGUCAAAAAGCCUUCUGUGGUCCAGAACAAACAGCGGAUGACAGAGAAACAAGAAAAGCCAGUUAAACCCAAAACCAAAGGAGGGCGAGCUAAAGGACGGAUCUCCACUCCCGAACGCAAACCUGUCCGCAAAGAACCCGUCUAUAUACCCCGAGAAGAGAUUAAGAAGAAAAAAGCUAUCAUAAAAAAGACUGAGCUCACCAAAAAAGCAGAGACUCAGACUCCAUCUCCGUCCAAGAAGAGUAUCAUGAAGCCAUCAGUCCGCCAGACACGUCCCGUCCAGCAUCAUUCCUGCCCCAGGAGGAGACCCACAGAAGCCCCAUCAGACAGUCGCCAGCCUCUCAGUGUUGCCAGACAGUCUCGUGACCGAGCAUCUCAUUUCACACUGAGAUGAGGGCAGAGCACAGGAUAGGACGAGCCCCUAGCAUGACAGUUACAGAGUCGGUACGCUCCCGUUCCGCUCGCAGUGGCCGCUCCACCCCCCGUACCCCAGGRUCCACAGCCAUCACCCCAGGAAGCCCUCCCAGCUACUCCUCAUCCUCGAGGACUCCUGGGACCCCGCGCUCCCUCAGUUUGAUUUCCCAGGAGAGGAAGGUGGCCGUGAUCCGCACCCCGCCCAAAUCUCCUGCAACCACUCCCAAGCAAAUCCGCAUCAUCAACCAGCCGCUGCCCGACUUUAAGAACAUCAAAUCCAAGAUUGGUUCCACGGAGAAUAUCAAGUAUCAGCCCAAAGGAGGACAGAAGCACAAGGACCAAAACGCAGCAGCAGCAGCACCCAGACACAGAGGCUCUUUGAUCUGGAAGUCAGUCCUCCGCUUCAUCUCUGUUACACUUUGUCUGUCAGCAGCACACACAGUGACCUGGACCCAAGGCCUGCUGAUUCAUACUUUAAACAAGAAGCUGGACUUCAGUCAUUUUUUACUGUCAAAAUGCAGCACUAAGGAAUAUCUGAGGCACUCACAACAUGGAUCCAAAGUCCCCAUCCCCAGUGUUAAACUGGACUAUAGCCAUGUUAAGUCUAGGUAUGGGUCCUUGGAAAGGCGGGGCCACUCAGCAGGAGGUGGAAACGUGCAAAUCCAGAAUAAGAAGAUUGACUUGAGCCACGUGACCUCCAAAUGCGGUUCUCUAGACAACAUCCAUCAUCGGCCAGGGGGAGGUAAUGUGCGAAUAGAGAGCGUAAAGUUGGACUUCAAAGACAAAGCGCAAGCCAAGGUGGGUUCACUGGAUAAUGCUCAUCACAUUCCUGGUGGAGGUCACACUAUGAUUGAGAGCCACAGGUUGACAUUUCGCGAGCAGGCAAAGGCUCGAGUGGACCACGGAGCGGACAUCGUCGUCCAGUCGCCUGGUUUAUCCGGCUCGGUGUCUCCCCAGCGCCUCCGGGAAAGCCACCUGUCGUCCUCGGGCAGUCUCAACAUGAUGGAGUCUCCUGAGUUAGCAACCUUGGCUGAGGACGUCACCGCGGCCCUGGCCAAGCAGGGUUUGUGAACACUGGAUCUCUAGAUCGCCACUCCGCACCCCCAGACUACCCUCAUCUUUCCCUUUCCGAACUUUUAUGCUCUCACCUGCCAUCCUGAAACAAAAUGUUCACGGCUGCUCAGCUGAACCACAGCCUCCAAACAUCUUUACUUCAAGAUCCAUCACUCCACUUUAAAUAGAGACUAGAGUUAGAAGCUAUUGUAGUUUUGGUCUUAUUUAUCCUGUUUGUUGUCUAUUUUAACCCUGAACAUGUGCUUUUAAGAUUAUUUCUGUGGAUAUUUAUUUUGUUUUUUUUAUUUGAACGGUGUUGCAUAGAGUAGAUUGAGUGCUGGUCCUAGAUUAAGUGGGAAAUCCACUGAUAGAUGCAAACCGACUAUUGGUUUUGCUGGCCUUAGGUCAAAGUUUUAACAAAGUUACAGCCUUUUUUUCUACUUUCAAACAAACAAAAAAAAUACAUGACAAGUACACCAUGCUGCACAUUUUGUUCUUGCUCAGUAAACAUGCAUGGUUGCCAGAUCUCCUAACAAAACAAGCGUCCAUACUGUGAGUCAUUAUUGUCACUCAAGACAUGAUAUAUUAAACAAAUAUAUAGAGAAAUGUAUAAAACAAAAGUUCUCUGUCACCUUCCACUUCUCAACACAUUUUAAAAGAAUUACGGCUUUAAAAUAAUACCCUAAAAAUGGCAUUUAUGCAAGCACUGUGUCAUGUUAUGACAAGCAUGUACGGAUUCAAAUAUGAAAAGAGGCUCUUUUGUAUUUUACCAAACUGAUUUUAGUAACUUAUUUCCUCAUUUAUUGGAUAAAGAUGAAAACGUUCAUGUUUUGUAGUUAAUAGUUGUUUACGGUGUAAUGCUUGGUGACAAUGUUCGAGACUAAUUUUGGUGUCGCUAAAGAACGCAUCUCCGUCCUGUCAAAGAGCCUUACUCACCUGAACCUGCUCAGCUGCUCUGCACUAAACACUGGAGCUCAUUCCGCAAACAUCCAUCCUGAAAGGAAACCUUUAAGAUUAUCUCAUUGUGAAAGGUAAGCAGUAAAGAGCUAACUCCACUAGUGAAGGCUAACGUUGCACUAACUUCAAGGUACAACUUGGUCCCUGAUAUUUAGCAGAAAGUGCUGCUAGUCCAAAAUUUGUGUGUGUGUGCGUGCGUGCGUGCGUGCGUGCGUGUGUGUAUUUGGUACAGAUCCUGAGACGUUUAAGGAGAACGCCACUGGAAACAUUUUGUUUCGAUGUUUAGAAUGAAGAAGUUCUAGAGUAUACUUUUAAAAAAAGCCUUAAAAAAUGUAAAAAGACACUUCUCAAAGAAAUGUUAACAAGUUGAAAGAACUCUGCUCUUGGCAUAUCUGUUGGGGAAAAGGUGUUUGAGUGAUUCAGUUUUUUUUUUUUCAUUUUUCCCCACAAUCCAAUGGUUGUAUGAAUUGCGCCCUGCCCAAUUACUGUUCCCGCGCCCCCCAAAAAAUGCGACUGUUUGUUUGCUUCUGUGUUUUUUCCGCAUCCCCCCAUUCUCCGUGUGCCUCUCCCUCACCUCCUGCUCCUCCCUCGCAAAACUUAUUGCAUUUAAAAAGUCAAGUAGAUGUAUGCAGUUUUUUCUCCUGUUGAAAUGACACCAAUUACAAUAACUAAUGAGAAUAAAAACAAGAAAAAAGUGA